CCACCAGCCGAGAGUCUGCGCAAUGCCAAUCUCAAGCUGGACACAAUGUCACCCGUGACGCAGAAUGGCAGCUUUGUCUUCGACAGAAUCAUCAAAUCAGGACAAGUUCUGAAACGAACAAGGAAGACGAAGACAUGUACGCAGGCAUGGAAACCCAUUUACAUUGUGCUUCGACCGAACUUGCUCUCUAUAUACCGAGAUAGCUCCGAGUCCAAGUUGAGGCAUCAAAUCAACCUGUCAGACGUCACCGCGGUCGCGCGGCGGAAAGACCCCAAGCGGCAGGGAAAGUUCGUCUUCGGCGUCUUCACACCGGCCAGGAACUUCCAUUUGGAAGCGCAGAAUGAGCAGGAGGCACAAGAAUGGGUGGAAUUGGUACGACGCGAGGCCCACAUGGACGAAGAGGAAGAGGAGAUGUACCUUGCUAGUCCGGGUGGUGCGACGACCGUAUACCAUCGUGGCAACACGGGUGUCAGUUCCGCCAGCGCAGUCAGUGGUAGAAGACCUUCACAAGUGGACUACUCUGGAGCGGAGCAUGGAUCCUACUCCGACUUCUCAGACUUUACCCCUGCAGCGCGGUUGUCUAAUUUGUCGUUAGCGACCGAUCCGCGACCAUCGACAAGUUCGACCCAGCCGCAGCACUCUGUAUACGGCCCCAAUUCCGAUCCCGAACGCGUCGUCUACCACGGCUACAUCUUCCUCCUCAAGUCAGCAACCGGUGUGCGAUCUUGGAAGAAGGUCUGGAUGGUGCUACGGCCGAAAGCCAUAGCCCUGUACAAAAACGACUCGGAGUAUACGGCCAUGCUCAUCCUACCCUUCAGCACCAUCAUCGACGUGGUGGAGAUUGAUCCUAUCAGCCGGAGCAAGACCUCUUGCAUGCAGAUCAUAAACGAGGAGCGCAAUUACCGCUUUUGUGCGCUUGACGAGGAGAGCCUGGCACGGUGGCUGGGAGCAUUUAAGAGUGUGCUUAGCAAGCGUAAG